GCCGGGUGGUCAUGAAAACAAGUAAGAUGGCGGAGGCGGAGGUGUCGGGGGUGGCCGAGGGGGAAGGAGGCUGCGGCGGGCUGGUGGCGUUGCCCGAGGAGGUGCUGGAGCAGAUAUUCUGUUGUCCUUCGCUCAGUCAUGUGGAUGUGGUCAGCGUUUGCCUGACGUGCAGGAAGCUGCAGGAGGUGUGUCAGGGCCGGAGCACCGUCUGGAAGCACAAGUUCAGGCAGAGGUGGCCAAGACUAACAAAAUACUACAGUACAACAGGAAAUCAUAACUGGUGGGAAGAAUACAGGAGUCGACAUACUAUUGGUUGGAAAUUGCGGAAAAUUGUGGACUCCUUUUCAAAGCGAUUUUUCACAAAAGAGGUUCCUGUUGAUGGCUUUAAAGACAUUGAGGCUUUAGGUGGACCUUUUCAUUUUAUUGAAGAUGAAUUGUUAUCCAUCCUAAACAUGGAUGGAAGGAAGUACCUGACUGGGAAAUAUUAUUCUCGGAAGAUAUUGUGCUUUCUGCGCCAACAGAACAUAAUGGAAAAAUUGAAAGAGUUUCUUUCAUCUCCUCCAGAACAGCAAAGGUUAAUAGAAGGCGUUGUCCUCAUUGACCAGUACUGCAAUCCUUUGGCAGACACCUCCCUGGAGAAUAUUCUGUUGCAGCUGAACCAUAUAACAGAAGAGGUGAAAAAAGUACUGCGUUUAACAAAAUCUUCUCAUCCAAGUAUAACUGCAGAAAGAGAUGACGUGUUUAUUGAUUUAGAACUUCAGCGACAGGUUCUGGAUAUUAUGAACUGCGUCUUAUACAAGCAACUGAAAUUUAAAGGGAAUGAAGAUGAUUAUUACAAUCCCAUGAAUUCCUACAUACACCAGGUCCUUGGACAAAAAAAAGGAAUUCCCAUCACACUUUGCGUGAUAUAUUCAACGAUCGGCAAGAACCUGGGUGUACGACUGGAGCCAGUCAGCUUUCCUGGUCACUUUCUCUUAAGAUGGUGCCAGAAACCUGAAGGGAGUACUGAUAUGUUGGACUACAUUUACAUUGAUGCUUUUGACAAUGGGAAACGAUGCACAGCAAAGGAAUGUGAACAUCUGAUUGGUCAGAAAGUUGCAGCUAAUUUUUACAGUUCUGUAACUAUAAAGGAUGUGCUUUUCCGUAUGGUAACAAACCUAUUCCACCUGGGAAAGAGAGAGGACAGUGACCAGUCUUACCAACUACUACGGAAUGCUCUUGAUUUGUAUCUUACCUUGGCUCCUGAUGAUGUUCAAUACUUGAUGCUUCAGGCCAGACUUUACUUUCAUCUGGGGAUCAAUCCAGAAAAGGUAUUGGACAUUCUUCAGCACAUACAGGCAGUGGAUCCCUUGCAGCAUGGUGUAGUGGGACACUUGGUUCAGCUAACCUUGGAGCAAAUUGCACGCAAGAACCAAACAGCUGAAGUUCAAGUGAAACGGCAUACAGAGGAGAAGCACAAAAAAAUAGAGUUUUCGGUGGGACUCACUAUGAAGCACAAAAGAUAUGGAUAUGACUGUGUGAUAUAUGGAUGGGAUCCUAAGUGUAUGAUGGGAUUGGAUUGGAUGAGAACAAUGGGAGUUCAUAAUCUACCACAUGGGCCUGAUCAGCCAUUUUACAAUGUCCUUGUUCAAGAUGGUUCAUGUAGAUAUGCUGCGCAAGAAAAUCUUAUUUAUAAUUCAUCACCAAUGGAAAUAGGCCAUCAAGAAGUUGGUCGUUACUUUUCAGAAUUUUGUGGCACACACUAUGUUGCAAAUGAGGAAUUGCAGAUCCAGUACCCAGAUGACUUGGUGUUGACAUCACAGUUCGUCGUGAAGGCGUAUGAGCAUUCCUGAAUGAUUUUUUUCUGUUUCGGGAAGAGAUAAAGUACUGCAAUGAGUGUGUCUUUAAUGAGCAGGACAAACCAAGUGAAUUCUACGAAUAUAAGCUUGAAAAUUUGCUAUAGCUAUCUCAGGACAUCAUGUGCCCCAUCUAUAAAUGUAAUUUUAUGCACCUUAGUAGCUUUGAGAAUCCAUGUGUAUAUUUAAAGAAAAUGAAAAAAUGCAAAUGUAAAUCUUUUGUAUUGCCAAACUUGAGGUUGUUGAUUUGCUGAUAAUAAAUUGCAGUACGCCAUUGUACAAGUCAACCCACGUUCCAUUGGAAAUUUCCUAAUUUUGGUGCAAAAUGCUGUAAGACAAUAAAAUGAGUUUCUGAUUGUG